AUGGAUGAAGAAGUUAAGGAAUUUAUCAAUGAUCGGUUAUUCCAUCAAGCGAAGCCAGUGCUGUUUACAGAUCUGAUUAGCAAGUUUGGUAUAGGACCCGACGUUGCCAAGGGGAGCAUGUUCCAUUAUUACAAGACUGUCAGCGACAAUGCUAAGUUUCAUUGUGUAGUGGUGUGCUGUCUCAAGGACAACAGGAUCUUUAUCGUGCAGGACCUUGCUAAGAUUGGACAAUUAGAAGAGGACGUUAUUGACUGUUUUAUCUACGCUUUUAGUCCUACAAGCGAAGUGAUCCCAUAUAAUGAAGUGUAUAAGCAAUCUGAACAGACGCUGACAAUUAAGAACAGUUAUGAGCUAGUGCAUACAGAGACUAAUGGUAGCUCAGUGACGAAAGCACCUGUUGAUAAGCCCAUCAAGAGGGAGAACGGUCAGGCCAAAAAAGAACAAACACCUCCUGCUGCACCACAAAAGCCAAAGAAGGAUAUGGGUCUGCGGUCUACGGCGUUACUGGCAAGGAUGAGAAAAGAACGGGAGGACAAAGAGCAAGAGAGACAAGCUGAGUUGAAGAGAAGAAGAGAAGAAAAUGCGAAGCGUGAGUUAGACCGCGAUCCUAAAAAGGCCAAACAGAUGGACGAAUUAUCGAAAAUGUUUGAUAAUGAUGACGACGAUGACCUGAUGGAUAUAGAUGAUGAUGAGAACGACAACAAUGCCAUCAAGAUGGAGGAACACCAGGAUAAUAGACCAGCUACAGCUCCGACUACCGCAUCGCAUAUUAAUGAAAGUAAGAUGGAAGAUAUUCUGGACACUACUGCAGAAGAAUCACUACUGGAGAUAAAGAAGGACCAAAAGGACAGUGCACCCGAGAUGUCAUCCCAAGUGGAGCAAACAGAUGAGCCUGUUAAAAAGGAACAAGAACCGGAGACAUAUGUUGAUGAAGAUGGUUAUAUAGUGACCCGCCGUGCAGAUCCAAAGGAAAAGAAAGCUACACCACCGGUGAAGAAAACUACACCAGCGGUAAGGGCGAAGACCGAUCCUACACCAAAACCCAAGAGGAAGCAAGGAACCAUAGAAAGUUUCUUCAAAAGGAAGUAG